AUGAAUUUUAUCGUGGAAAGAAGCAGUAAAUUAAAGGUUAGUUUUUGUAAUUUUUUUUGAAAUUUAAAAUUUUCUUCAAAAUUUUUAAAUUUCAAAAAAAAUUUUAAAAAAUGGGUUUUUAGUUAAAAAUGUUAUUUUAAAACAGUUUUUACUGAUAAAUUACUUAAAAAGGUAAUUUAAGGCGUUAUCAGACAAUAUCUGGGCCGAUGUCAUCUCAAAACGUCAACAUUUUGUACCUAAAAGAAGUUCUGGCCCAAAUAUGGCCAACCCCAUCAUAAUGAGUAAUGUCGUCAAUCAAUGUGGAAGUAGGUUUUUCUAGCUUUAUCUUAUCAUACCAUAACUUGCAUUACCCUACCUUAUCAUAAAUUGCACUAGAUUACUCUGUUCUACCCUGCCCUAACCUACUCUACUCCCUGCCCUAACCUACUCUGCUCUACCCUACCCUACUUCACCUAACAAUAAUUUUUAAAUUUCAGAAUGCACCCGCCUAAACUGCCCACCAGGCCCUGGUGGAUUCGCCGGCCAAUCCGGCGACGAUGGCAUUCCAGGAGCUCCAGGAAAGCCCGGAACACCCGGUCCUGAUGGCUUCAGCCCACCAAUGGAUCCAAUCCCCGACCUUCCUUGUAUUGUUUGCCCAGCAGGACCACAAGGACCUCGUGGACAACAAGGAGAACGAGGAUGGCAUGGGCCGGCCGGACCUAAAGGACCAUGCGGGCCACCCGGUGCGCCAGGACAUGAUGGAAUUAGAGGACAAUUUGGCGCCAUUGGUCCUCAAGGAGUACCAGGAAGACCGGGAAGAAAGGGAGAGUGUGGUAGCGACAUUAUUGGUAAGGAGUGCUUUUUGAAAUUUUGGAAAUUUUCAAAAAUUUUAAUUUGGAUUAUCAUGGAUAAUAUUUUUUCUGUCGAUUCAGCUAUAUUACGAUAUAAGUUAGCACAAAACAUUACAAGUUAGUUUUGUGUCCCCCAAAAGUAAACAGAAAUUGUUAACAACUCAUAUUGUCAAUGAGAUUGAGAUCUGGUGUCAUGGAUAAUAUUGGAUCAUAGUCAAGUUCUUUUCAAUUUUAUAUCCAGUUUUGUGUAGUUUAAAAUGACGCAGUGAUGUUGGUAAAGUUUUAAAGGCAAAAGUAUUUUGUUAGGUACAAAAAUUACAGCUUUAUGGGCAAACCUAUGUUAUCCAUAGCCAUAAUCUGGUGGUCGUCGAUAACAUGAGCUCAAACUAACUUCUUUUUAACACUAAACAGUUCUUAUUAGCUUUGAAACAUUAACAACAUCAUUACGCAUCUUUUAAAUAUAAAAAACCGCAUAAAACAUUCGAAAAAAUCCAGUUAUGACCUCAUGUUAUCCAUGACAUCUCUUUUCACAGUCAAUAAUAAAAUGAGCUGCCAACAUUUACCACAUCCUAAAAACUUAACAAAACUAAAAAUAAAAGACUUACAUUGAGGUAUUUGAGGGGUUCCAGUUGAUCCAUGUGCUCUUGUCGCUGUAGCAAUACCUAAAGCAUACAAUACAUCAAUAUUAACAUGAAUAUUUGGAGAAAAUUAACAAAACCUUUGAAAAAUCGCGCAAACGAAAGAGAAGAUCAGUAAAAAAUGAGUGUAAAAUAAAAGAGAGUAUAAAAAAGCAUAAAUUAACUUUUACAAGCAAAAAUAUGAUCCAUGCUGGCCAGGAAAAUAUUUUUUUUUCGAAAAAUAAAUUUAUUUCGCUGCAAGAAGUUAGUUCGCCGAUAAAUUAUGCUGAAUAUCGCGAGAUUUAUGUCGUUAUCUUUAGUUAAAAAACCUUAAGAAUAUUUAAAAAUUUAAUUUUAAUAUUUUCAGCCGGUACCGGAGUCCCAGGCCCCAAAGGCCCGCCAGGAAAACGUGGUGCAGUUGGUCCACCAGGACUUCCUGGCCGUCCAUCGAAUAUUAUUGGUCCUCCCGGCCCUCCAGGCAAACCAGGACCUCAAGGCCCAGUUGGGAAAUGUGGUGUAGCCGGUGGUAAAGGUGUUUGGGGACCUCCAGGUGAGCCAGGAAAUCCAUUUGGCUAUUGUUGGUCGAUCUGUGGCUCAAACACGGUGGUUGCUGCUCCUGGAGGCUCGAGUUCCUACGCUUUUCCUUGGAGUGAUACUGGCAAAGAAGACUAUCAUUAUGAUGAUAACCAGGGUGGUGGUUAUGGAUAUGGAAAAUGA